AUGAAUUUCGAAGGGAAUACCAUGGGGAAGGAAACCAAGUCUUUUCCUCUAUAUAUAGCAGUAAACGAAUACUCUAAACGAAUGGAGGACGAGCUCAAUAUGAAACCAGGUGACAAAAUUAAGGUCAUUACGGAUGAUGGGGAGUACAAUGACGGCUGGUAUUAUGGGCGCAAUUUGAGAACCGAAGAAGAGGGCCUAUACCCAGCUGUAUUUACCAAAAAGAUAGCUUUGGACCAACCAGAAACUCUACGUAAGACGCGAACUCAAGGGAGUGGCAAUUCUGGUGUCAAUUGUAGCACCUUGAAUGGAUAUGCGAGUAAACUAGGCAAGCCCUCCUCGUCGCAACAGGAAAACAGGUAUACGUCAUUGAAAAGUACGAUGAGCGAUAUAGAUAAAGCUUUAGAAGAACUGAGAAAUGAAUCAGUUGAACAAGAGAUACCUGCAUCUUUCGCCAAGAUUGCUGAAGUGAAUGAUAUGGAAGCGCAAGACGAAGAAACCUUGAUUCAAGACAGAUCUCAAAAGGAGGGAAAUAUGACACAUGACUCAAUGUUUUCGAGUACGGCAGAUUUGAAUUUAAGCCUUGAAUCAUUGAAGAAUGUGAGCAGGUCGAAUAUAUCAACUAAAUCCCUAGAAUCGGGUUCAGGCGCAAUCAAUUCAUCAGACCCCAAAAUGGCUGAAAAUUGGAGCCCAGGAGAGGUUACCGAUUAUUUUAUCUUUAUAGGGUUUGACCAAACCACCUCCAAUAAAUUCAAGGAACACGAAAUCUCUGGAAAGAUACUAGUGGAAUUAGAAUUAGAACAUCUGAAAGAGCUGGAAAUAGACUCUUUCGGUGUAAGGUUCGAGAUAUUUAGGGAAAUAGGCAAUAUCAAAUCGGCGAUAAAUUCAUCGUCGAACGGGCUGCACAAAGACUACAUCCCUUUCGCCUUCGAAAAUCGAACAACUCAACUAAUGCCCGCAGCUACUGUAAAUAGAGAUGAAAUUCAACAACCGAUUUCCACACGUGACACUACAAGCAGCGGGAUACCGGGCGGGAACUUUGACAGAAAUUCAUCUUCAAGCGCUACAGAGCAGCAGAGACCAAGCUCUGUUGUUGUUAAUCCAAACUUCAAACUUCACGACCUCGCUGAAGAAGUUUUAGAUAUCACAGAAGUCCCUAACUUAUUUACUGACAAGGAUAUAUUUGAAUCACCAGGAAGGGCCCCCAAGCCACCGUCGUAUCCAAGCCCAGUUCAACCACCGCAGUCGCCGUCUUUUAAUAUCAAAUAUGCGAACAAUAAUAGCAGGUUUCCUCCUCAAUCAACAACCUUAUCCAAAAACAAGACUUCAACUGUCUACUUAAAUGGGCCAAUUACCAAUUCUUCCACAUCUUCUGAUAAUUCAACGGGCAAAUUUAAGUUUCCCGUUAUGAAUGGUCAUGAUUUGAACUCUAGGAAAACAACAUUGACAUCCGCUACUGUACCUUCUGUUGAUACAGUCAAUACAGACGAAUCUCUACCCAUAGUUUCAAACAUAUCGUCGAAUGCUACGUCUCACCAUCCAAACAGAAGUUCUGUUGUCUACAAUAGCCAUAAGAGGACUGAAUCUGGGAGUUCGUUCGUUGAUUUGUUCAAUCGAAUCUCAAUGUUAUCACCAGUUAAGUCAAGUUUUGAGGAGGAUGAAAUUAAACAGCCUCCAAAGGCCAACAGAGCAGUUUACGAUGCAACACGCAGGAAGUCAUCUUAUGGGCAUUCAAGAGAUGCAUCAUUUUCUGAACUGAAAAAACACCGAAGAAACUCGUCCAUAUUAUCGUUUUUUUCCUCAAAAAGUCAAUCAAAUCCGACGUCGCCAAUAAAAGAAGCCUUUACUGUUGAUCCUUCCAAGAUAGUUUCCAACUCUCGUUCUCAGUCGAACUCCUAUUCACAUGCAAGAUCACGAUCCUACUCUCACAGUAGAAAACACUCGUUAGUUACUAGCCCUUUGAAGACUUCGCUGAGUACCAUAAAUUCAAAAUCCAACCUUGCUCUAGUGCCUGACGAUACUAAGGAUAGUGGCAACAAUGAUGAGGAAGAAGUAACUCAACCACGUGAAAGUAAACAUAAGCGCAAACAUAAACACAAAAGCAAGCACAAGCACAACAGCGACUCCAAAAGCACCGAAGAAAAAAGUAGAUCGAAAUUAUUUUCUAGCUCAAAAGAAUCUUCGACCCGGGGUAAGGAAUCCGGAAGAUCUCCUAGUGAGCUCACCCAAAAAUCUACUAAAUCGAGUCUUCCCAGAUCGAACGCUAAAAAGCAACAGACAUCUGCUUUCACUGAAGGCAUACGUUCGAUUACAGCAAAAAAAUCUAUGCAAAACGCAGAUUGUUCAGGUUGGAUGAGUAAAAAAGGCACCGGCGCUAUGGGGACGUGGAAGCAAAGAUUUUUUAUACUUCAUGGAACAAGGCUUUCUUAUUUUACAAAUACCAAUGAUGAAAAGGAGCGUGGUUUGAUAGAUAUCACAGCCCAUAGAGUGUUGCCCGCCAGUGAUGAUGAUAGACUUAUUUCCUUAUAUGCUGCAAGCCUAGGAAAGGGCAAAUAUUGUUUUAAAUUGGUUCCCCCACAGCCAGGGUCCAAAAAAGGACUAACCUUUACAGAGCCUCGUGUUCACUAUUUUGCAGUCGAUAAUAAAUCCGAGAUGAAGGCGUGGUUAUCAGCCAUAAUUAAAGCUACAAUUGAUAUUGACACUAGUAUCCCUGUUAUUAGUUCAUAUGCCACACAAACGAUAUCUUUGAGCAGGGCAAAAGCUUUAUUGGAGGAAGCUAGGUUACAGACCCAACUAAGAGAUGCUGAAGAGGAAGAGGGGAGGGAUCGAUUUCAGUGGGAUGACUCCCAAAAUAGGAGAAAUUCUAAAUAUCCAACUGAACAAGAAGAAUCCGAAAACUCUAAUGGUUAUUUAGAAAGUGCUGAAUUUGAAUAUCCCGGUGGCAGAUUUUGA